UAUACCGUAGCAAGCAAAAAAGUUAGCUGUAUCUUUGCUCUAGCAGGUCAGUGGAUAAGCCAAAGCGGGGUUCUUGCAUCAUUCCAUUAGACAGAUCCAAUAGAAUCCAUUUAAGACCAGUAACGACAAAAGCAAAGGAGACUCAACGCCGUUGCCGAAGGAGAGAAGAACGGAAGAUCGGAAUAACCAAAGCCUGCCCCAGUUUCGGAUAGCGUCACGUAGUCUCCCACCCAACAAUGUCCACAUUCGGAUCUCCGGCACCCACGUCGGGCAAGCCCCGAUCGAUCGCCCAGGGGGACUGCUGCGUCCCGCAGGCCGGGACGGACGGGAUCUCCUCCCUGAAUUGGUCGCCCACCGCGAACUUUCUGGUCUCCUCCAAUUGGGACUCGGGGGUCCGGGUCUGGGAGGUCCAGUGCAACGCCCCAAACCAGGUCGCCGCCCAGCCCAAGGCCCAGGUCAACCACGAGAACAAGAUGCCGGUCAUGGACACGUGUUUUUCCGCGGACGGCUCGACCGUCUUCUCGGCCGGGGCCGACAAGGCGGUCCGGAUGUGGCGGCUAGGGGAAACGCCGCCCAACAACGUCGCCCAGCAAAUCGGAGUCCACGACAAGCCGGUCAAGUCGGUGGGAUUUCUCAGUUCUUCGAAUCUGGUAGUCUCGGGGGGAUGGGACAACAAGCUGAAGGUAGGUUUGCAACUGGGCAUUGCUUCUUUGUUGCUCUUCCGGUUGGGUUCGUGUUUACGAGAAGCAGGGAUCCUGCUUUCGUUUGUGCGAGAAUGCCACUAGUUCUAACACCCGGGAUUUGAAAAUUCUUUUUUGCAUAAACGAAUGCUUGAUCCGUAACAAUGGAACAGUUCUGGGAUACACGAUCUCCCACACCUGCGGGAGAGUUCGUUCUUCCCGAACGAAUCUAUGACCUAGACGUUCGGGGGAAUCUCAUGGUGGUCGGGACCGCCAAUCGCAAGCUGUACGUGUAUGAUGUCAGCGGCCAACCCAGAGAACACAGCACCAUGGAGUCUCCCCUCAAAUACCAAACGCGCUGCGUCCGCUGCUUUCCCGACCAAACGGGCUUUGCCUGCGGCAGUCUCGAGGGCCGCGUUGGAAUUCGAUACGUCACGAAAGUAGCCAACAAGGACCACUUUGCCUUCAAGUGCCAUCGCCAAGGAAACGAUGUGUACAGCGUGAACGACAUUGCCUUUCAAAAUACCUAUGGAACAUUUGCGACCGUUGGAGCGGAUGGCGUCGUGACCUUUUGGGACAAGGACAACAAGCAGCGCCUCAAGGCCUUCAACGCGAUCCAGCAGACCAUUUCGUGUGCGGCAUUCAAUGCCCAGGGAAAUCUCUUUGCGUACGCCAGCAGCUACGAUUGGAGCAAGGGAUCCGGGUUCUACGCACCGGGGUCGACGCCCAACGAAAUUUUUAUCCACUACACGCCCGACGAGGAAAUCAAGCCCAAGGCGGCCAAGAAAAAAUAAACGAAUGAUUGGACGGAACGAAAUCGAAGGAAAUUGUAACAUAGUAUACUACGCAUAAGCAAGCGGGCGAGCAACUAAGCAAAUCGGAAUGCAUGUGUUUAUGGGCGCUGGGUCGAAGAUGGAUGGUAUUUCACAAUGGCCACUUUGUUCUGUUUGUUAUGUGCCUGCUUCGACAGCAAGGAAACAAUACACGUCGAAAGAGUUUAUCGAAAUUGCUUCCCUUGAACAUCAACAGCUAUUUCGAGCGCCGUAUUGCAUGUUCUUGGUUGAACAUAACGAAUCUGCAAAAUAUACAUCCACGAAAAAACUCACGCAACAGCACAGUUCCCGUUGUUACAAGGCUUGUACUUUUUUUCGAUAAUCGUGGUUACCAUAAGUACGGUUGGAUACAAAAAUGAGAA